CAGGCCACGUCUAGAACAAAACGAAAACCCGAAAUGGCAUUGUCGUGAUUAUCUUCCCAUCUCAGUCCACCUCCGCCCUCUUCACAAAACUUCCAUAUCAAACCAUUUAAAGCCCCUCUCCCCUCUGCUCCAAUCCAUGAGACUCGUUUUUCAAAUAUCUGAAUGCUUCCAAAACAGAGCCGGGUGUUUUUGGUCCGCCAUUUUUGUCAAACCAAUCACUAAUAAUACAAAAACCAGCACCUGAAAUCCCACCUCCUCUGUCUCCCCCCAAAAGCCACAAGCUCCUCUCUCUUCUUAUACGUACCCCUCUUCUCCUUCCUCUCUGUAUUCAUUGCUUGCUUGGACUGAUUAGACUGAGAGAUGGAAAGAAGCUUCGGGAAGGUGGUCAAUGCCAACGACAGAGACGAAGAGCUCGCUCUGUUUCUCGAGAUGCGGCGCCGCGACAAGGACAAGGAGAAAAAUGGAAACUUUCUGCUACUUCCGACCAAGAACGGCGGCGGCGACGAGCUCGAUGCUGCUCCUCCACCGCUUGGGUAUGAUAAGGCGAUUUACAAGAUUAAUGGGUCGGCGGCGCCGGAGCGGAGGAGUAGAGUGGAUGAGUUUUUGAACUCGGAGAAUGAGAAAUCGGACUACGAUUGGCUAAUUACUCCACCUGCUACCCCUCUAUUUCCAUCCUUGGAGAUGGAACCGCAAAAGACUUCAGUUAGUCAGAUUGAGGAACCUAAUGCGCGUGAUUCUGCUCCUCCAAAAUCUAGGCUAGCAAACACAAAGUUAGAGGCUGCUUCAGACAGCAAAAUAGCAUCUAAGCAGUCAACAUUGCCAUCACGACCGAAUUCUUCCAGUACUAGUAACAGGAGGCCCUCACCAUCAAGAGGGCCAACAGCUGCUCCUCGUAGAUCUGCAACACCAACUGGACGGCCCACCACAUUACCUUCAUCAACCAAGCCAUCAAGGUCCUCCACACCCAAUUCACGAACCACCUUACCAUCUGCUAAGCCAGUGGCUCCUCCAGUGAGGUCCUCAACUCCUUCUAGAUCCACCGUGCGUUCUUCUACACCAACUGGCAGAUCUUCUGUCCCAGCUUCUAAGUCAACGUCAAGAUCAGCAACACCAACUCGCCUACCAAGUUCAUCAAGUACACCUGCACUGUCUGCUCCUCGUGGCCGUUCUUCUUCAGUAUCAAAGUCAGCUCCCCCAAGUUCGAAAAAUCCUGCGCCAUCACGUGGAAGUUCUCCAACAGUAAAAUCUAGGUCGAAAUCCUCAGAUAUGCCUGCUUUCUCACUUGAUGCUCCACCAAAUUUGAGAACCACUUUGCCACAAAGGCCAAAUUCAGCCUCUAGGGCUCGUCCUGGGGCACCAAGUGUUAGAUCAUCUUCUGUUGGAGCUGUUUCUAGUGGAAAACCUAGACAGCAAUCAUGUUCACCUUCUAGAGGAAGGGCUUCACAUGGCACUGCCAGUACUAAUGGGUACUCUCGUCAAGUCACAAGUAAAUCAUCUCCCAAUGACAGUGAUGAUGUAAAUCCUGUACUUAUGGGGACCCAAAGUGUUGAGAGAGUAGUGAACCAGAGGAAAUUGGCACCACCAAAGCAGUAUGACCAUUCUACUCAGAAGAAUCCUGAUGGGAAGUCUUUGUCCUCUGACAGCUUAGGCUUUGGAAGAACACUUUCAAAGAAAUCCUUCGAUAUGGCUAUGAGACACAUGGAUAUAAGGCGAAGCGUGCAAGAUAACCUACAUCCCGUUCUGACAAAAGUUCCAGCCUCCUCUGUGUACAGUGUCCGGACAAGACCAACAAAAAGCAAGACUACUAAUGCUACGGAUUCUCCUCUUGCUACAUGCAGCAAUGCUAGCUCUGAACCAAGUGUCAACAAUAUUUCUGCAUACUUUGAAGGUUGUGAAAUUGAGGACAUUGAUCAUGGAAGUGAGAAAGGAAACUCCUCUCCAGCAUGCCAGCAAGGCAGGAAUUUAGAAAGACAAGCCCAGAUAAGCAUAUUGCACCCUUUUGGCCUGUUUGCUGCUGAAGAACCAAUUCAAGUUCAGGUUCGGGGUAUAAGAGGUUUAAGAUACAAGAAGACAUGUGGUUCGGGGAGUAGAGAAUUGGAAUUGUAUGUUGCAAUGGUUUGUAGUUGCUUUGGUGUGCUCAAUUGGUGCAAAGGAAAUAAGAAUUUGGAACCUUCCAGCCAAGCCCAAGGCAUUCCUACCAACAAUGUAAGGCUCUUUUCUUAUAAUUCAUUGAGGUCAGCGACCAGGAAUUUUCAUCCUUCAAACAAAAUAGGUGGAGGAGGCUAUGGAGUUGUCUAUAAGGGAGUUUUAAGAGAUGACACAGAAGUUGCGAUCAAGUGUCUUUCUUCAGACUCUAGACAAGGAGCAAAUGAAUUUUUGACAGAGAUCAACACGAUAUCAAGAAUACGACACCCAAACCUGGUCGAGCUUAUUGGCUGCUGUGUGGAGGACAAUCACCGAAUAUUGGUAUAUGAAUAUCUGGAGAACAACAGUCUUGCAAGUUCUUUGCUUGGUUCAAAAAGUCAUGUUCCUCUAGACUGGCCCCAGAGAGCAGCAAUUUGCCUGGGUACAGCUACUGGUCUUGCUUUUCUUCAUGACGAAGCUGAACAACAUAUUGUGCACAGAGAUAUCAAGGCUAGCAAUAUACUUCUCGAUGCAAACUUUCGUCCUAAAAUUGGAGAUUUUGGGCUGGCAAAACUUUUUCCUGAUAAUGUCACUCAUCUUAGUACUAGAGUGGCAGGAACUGUUGGAUAUCUGGCCCCAGAAUAUGCACUUUUGGGACAGCUUACAAAAAAAGCAGAUGUAUACAGCUUUGGGGUUCUCGUGCUUGAAAUAAUUAGUGGCAGAAGUAGUAGUAAGGCAGCCUUUGGUGACAAACUGAUGGUUCUGGUGGAAUGGACUUGGAAACUAAAAGAAGAAGAAAGGCUUAUAGAAAUUGUUGAUCCAGAAUUGACUGCAUAUCCAGAGGCUGAGGUAAUGCGCUUCAUUAAGGUUGCGCUCUUUUGUACUCAAGAAGCUUCGCAUCAAAGGCCGGCCAUGAAGCAAGUAGUGGAAAUGCUUUCCAAAGAGGUACAGCUAAAUGAGAAGCUACUAGUAGAACCAAGGCCAAGGAGGUAUGCACCUCAUCAUGGAGGUGGUGCCAGUGGGGAGGGAACAUCAUCUUCUCAGUCAGAUAAAGAUAAACGCGGGAAAUCAUUGGCAAAUCCUGAUGUAACUUCCACCCAGUCGUAUAUAUAUGAAUCUCAAACGCAAAUGUUUCCCAGGUGAUUAUUCUUUGGCUGACCAUAGUAAAAUGUUGGAAAAUUGCAAAACUUUGCAGGUUCUUGACAUCUUUUUCUCUUUGCUGAGUACGUAGGAACUAGGAAGUGAGACGAAGAUAUUAGUAUGCAAGUGCUUGAUAUAUCCAUGCCAUCUUUAGUAAAAUAAAAUGAUAAAUCUUUUACAUUGGAGAGAAUCGUGAUUGAUCGACC